AUGGCUAACCGCACUGAUGCCAGUGCUAUAAAAUUUUUUGGGUCCAAUCCACAAUACUUAAUAUCAAAUAUAAUAAGAAGUAAAAUAUAUGAUAGCCCAUAUUGGAAGGAAAAAUGUUUUGCUCUGACAUCCGAAUCGAUUAUUGACCAAGCGAUAAAUUUAAAAUACGUAGGUGGUACCUACGGGGGUAAUAGAAAGCCCACACGUUUUUUAUGCUUAAUUUUAAAACUGUUACAAAUUCAACCUGAUAAAGAUAUAAUAUAUGAAUAUAUAAAAAAUGAAGACUUUAUAUAUUUAAGAGCACUAGGUAUAUUUUAUUUAAGGUUAAUAGGGAAGAGCUUAGAAAUAUAUAAUCAUUUAGAACCCAUAUUAUUUGAUUAUAGAAAAAUUAGAAUGCGAUUACAAAAUGGUACAUUUGAAAAAAUAUAUAUGGACGUAUUUGUUGAUAAUUGUUUAAUUUUAAAUAAUUUUCUAGAUGUGGAUUUUCCAACCUUGACAAAGAGACAAGUGUUAGAAGAAAAUAAUUUAUUAGAAAAAAAAAAUUUAGAAUAUUACAAAGUAUUAUUGAACAUUUCUUCAGAUAAUGAACUGUUUCAGAAUAAGCAGGAUACACAUAAUAAAGAUAAGGAGGAGGUUAGAAAAAAUAAGAAUGAAUAUAAACAAAGGGAUAUGUUAGAAAGACAUAAAAAAUUUAAUAAAUAUUCAUCAGAAGACGAUCAUAAUUAUCAUAAAAACGAAAGAAAUUGUCAUAAGGACAAAAAACACAAUAAAAUAUAUAAUAAUAAAUAUAAUAAGUAUGAUGAGAAGGAAAAAUACCAUCAUUCUGAUUAUAGUAGUGAUCUGGAUAGAAAAAAUAAAAAAAAAAAAAGAACACAUUCGAAAUAUGAUUAUAAAAAAAAAAAAGAAAAACGAAAAUACUCAUCGGAUAGUAAAAAUUCUUUUACAAGUUCAGAAUAUAGUGUUGAAAAUAAAAAAGAAGAAUAUGAUAAAAAAAAAAAAAAAAAGUUAUUCUUUUUAAAAAAACAAAAAAAAAAAGAAAAUUAUCAUUCAAGUUCUCAAAGCAAUGAUAGUUAUGAUGAAAAAAAAAAAAAAAAAAUGGAUAAUUCAUUUUGUGAUGAAACUAAAAAGGACGAAUUGUCUGUUGAUAGGUGGAAUGAAAUUAGGAAGGAGUUGGGUAUGAAACCUCUUAAAUAA